AUGGCGUCCUCAAACGGUAAAGAGAGCGCCAAAAUAACGGCGUCAAUAGACAGUUUGAAAAUAUCGAGCAAAACCACUUCCGUUGGUUCUUCGAAGCAUGCUUCAUCGGAAUCUGUAUUGUCUAAAAAGGAUAAGGAAUGUCUGCAAAUGCAGGAGUGCAAAAAGAAACUUCUGGCUAUGGAACCGCAAAUCAUCAUACGAGACGAAAACGUAGUGCUAAGGUCUCCCCCACAAAAGAAGAUUGUGAUGCCGCCGACGAUUAAUCCCGAGUGA